AUGGUAUUUUCGAGAUACUACUAUAAUACGAAAAUUCUGCUGCCGGUGAGCGGUCGACGUCUCGUGUACAAGUUCGGUCCAUCGGCACGUGGAUGGUCUUCGCACGAACCGAUUCUCUUCCCCGGUUACGGUAGCAAUGUCACCUACAGCAGCGACGAAGAAGAGGUGGCUAGUGGCGAGAACCUAACCGGCUAUACCUCUUUCGAUGUCGAGUAUCCCAUCAAGUACCGAGAACUUCCGGUUUAG